AUGGAUCCAAUUUUUGAUUUCUCUCCUGGUGGGGAACUUGAGGAUGAUGAGGUAGAUGCUGAAGAAGUUGAACUUGGAGGUAAUUCUAAUCCUCAUGUAUCUACCAAUGCCGAUAUUGUCGAUGUUCAAGAUGAUACAGUAGUUGAAGUUGGAGAAAAAAGACUGAAAAGAAAGCUUCCACCACAAGCGCCUAAACCUAAAAAAGAGAGAUAUAGGUCUCCUGCCUGGGAUCAUUUCAAUGAAAUUAAAGAGGGGGGAGUUACCAAAUGGGCUGAGUGUAAGUAUUGUAAGAAACAAUAUAUGGCUGAAAGUAAAAAACAUGGUGUUAGUAAUUUGAAAGCUCACAUCCCCGUUUGCCCGUUAUAUCCUAAUAGAGACCAACAUGGACAACAAAACCUUUCAUUCAAACCCACAAAUGGGGGCGGUGUCGAUGUUGUCACUCAUGUCUUUUCUUUUGACGAUUGUAAGAGAGCUCUUGCCGAAAUGGUCAUCAUUGAUGAACUACCCUUUAGAUUCGUUGAGGGGAUUGGGUUUAGAAAGUUUUGUAAGGUCAUGCAACCGAAGUUCUCACCGGUCCCUUCUCGCCAAACGAUAACUAGAGAGGUUGGUGCAAUUCAUAACUAUGAGAGGGGAAAACUGAAAAAAUUAUUGAAGGGUCGUAGGAUUUGCCUCACCACUGAUACAUGGACAUCAAUUCAAAAUCUUAACUACAUGUGUCUCACCACACACUUCAUUGAUGAUGAUUGGAAGUUGCAAAAGAGAAUUUUAAACUUUUGUCAAGUUGUAAAUCAUAAGGGAGAGACCAUUGGCAAGAAGAUUGAAUCUUUGUUGCUUGACUGGAACAUUGAUGGUAUUUUUACGUUGACGGUAGAUAAUGCUAGUUCGAACGACACGGCUAUUAAGUUCUUGAAAAGGAAAACAAAGGAUUGGAAAUGGACAAUCUUGGAUCAUGAUUAUUUGCAUGUACGAUGUUGUGCACACAUUUUGAAUCUUAUCGUGGUUGAGGGGUUGAAAGACAGGAAUGAGAGUAUUCUCCGUGUUCGUGAUGUCGUGAGGUAUGUGAGAUCUUCUCCACAAAGAUUGGAGAGCUUUAAGAAGUGUGUGGAGAAGGAGAAAAUUGUUUUGAACCAAACUGUGUGUCUUGAUGUGUGUACUUGGUGGAAUUCCACUUACUUGAUGUUAGAAGUAGCUGUCAAGUUUGAAAAGGCAUUCCAAAGAAUGGCGGAGGAAGACAGUGGUUUCAAAACCUUUUUUGGCAUAAAGGAAGGUGAUGAUGGGGAGCUUGUGUCAUUUGAGGGUGGGGAGACAAUAGAGUUGGUUAGUGAGGGUGGCCAAGUGAGGAGCCAUAGGGUCCAAAGAAUUCCAACUAAGCUUGAUUGGAAGAAUUGUACGAUGUUUACUAAGUUCUUGAAACUUUUCUAUGAUGCAACCAAGAAAUUGUCGGCUUCUCUUUUUGUCACAUCCAAUGUAUUCUUUGAUGAGAUGUAUAAUGUUGAAGUAAAAAUAGAGAAGUUAAUUGCCAACAAUGACCCUCUCUUGUCUAAAAUGGCAUUUGACAUGAAAAAAAAAUUUGACACGUAUUGGGGGAAGGGAGAUAAAUUCAAUUUCCUACUUUAUGUGGUGGUGGUACUGGAUCCCCGGUUCAAGUUAAGUUAG